AUGUCUAUCCCCAACGAAGCUUUGCAGAAACUACUGCAGGAAAUCGAAGCUCGCGCCAUCAGCUCGCAGCAACAAAUCGGCGUCACCAAGGCACAGAUCACGGCCAAACAGAAGAACAUCCGUCUCCUUGAGUUGACGUCAAAGGAGAUCGGCUCCCUGCCCAAGGACACUAAUAUUUACGAGGGUGUAGGGAAAAUGUUCGUGGCUGUCCCAAUGAACACGGUUGACAAGCGGCUAUCGACCGAGAGCACCGAGUUGAAGACGGAUAUCGAGGGCUUGGAGAAGAAACUGAAUUAUCUCGAGAUGACGCAUAAGAACAGUCGUGAGAAUCUGGAGCAGAUCCUGAAGUCCGGGGGAAGGGCAUGA